UGAAGACUAGCACGAACUUGGAACUCAAUUUCUGUACCUUCUUCUUCUUCCAUCCUUCGCAUCGCUCCUUUAGAACCCUAUCUAAUCGGCUCUACAUUCCUCGAGUUUACUAGUUAUUUAUGUCCACUUUUUCGGCUGUUCAACAUUUCGGCAAGGAGUAAUGCACUCUUGUGUAGGAGUCAGCACGUUAUACUAGAUCAACGAGGAAAAUCGUGUACCGAUUUUAGUUCCUAUUACUCAUUUGUGGAAUUAGUUGUCAGAGAAGAUGCCUGGUCAAAAGAUUGAAACUGGUCAUCAAGACACUAUCCAUGAUGUUGCGAUGGAUUAUUACGGUAAGCGUGUUGCAUCAGCUUCAUCUGACCAAACCAUCAAGAUCACUGGUGUAAGCAACUCAGCCACUCAGCAUCUUGCAACGCUUACCGGUCACCAAGGACCUGUAUGGCAGGUUGCCUGGGCACACCCAAAAUUUGGCCCCUUGCUUGCUUCAUGUUCUUAUGAUGGUCGGGUCAUAAUAUGGAAGGAAGGCAAUCAAAAUGAGUGGUCACAAGCCCAUAUAUUCGAUGAUCAUAAAUCAUCUGUUAACUCAAUUGCUUGGGCCCCUCAUGAAGUGGGUCUUUGUUUGGCAUGUGGUUCAUCUGAUGGCAAUAUCUCUGUAUUCACUGCAAGAGCAGACGGUGGUUGGGACACCUCUAGGAUCGAUCAAGCUCACCCAGUUGGAGUCACAUCUGUUUCAUGGGCUCCAUCUACCACACCAGGUGCUCUUGUCGGAUCCGCUUUACUCGAUCCUGUUCAGAAGCUAUGCUCAGGCGGUUGCGACAAUACAGUGAAGGUGUGGAAGCUGUACAAUGGAGUUUGGAAGAUGGAUUGCUUUCCAGCUCUCCAAAUGCACACUGAUUGGGUUAGAGAUGUUUCAUGGGCUCCUAACCUUGGUCUGCCGAAAUCGACAAUUGCAAGCGCAUCUCAAGACGGGAAAGUUGUUAUCUGGACCGUAGUCAAAGAAGGAGAUCAAUGGGAAGGUAAGGUUCUAAAGGACUUUAAAACCCCUGUUUGGAGGGUAUCAUGGUCGUUAACGGGCAAUAUCCUGGCCGUGGCUGAUGGAAAUAACAAUGUUAGUUUAUGGAAAGAAGCAGUGGAUGGUGAUUGGCAGCAGGUUUCAACUGUUGACCCUUAAUGUCCUCUUUUUUACUUUUUUUCUUAACAACAGAUUUUGGUAUACUUUACACAAUUUUAACUCUGUAAGAGAUCAAAAUUACCAAGAGAUUUAGAGAGCCUGGGAUUUCUUUUUAA